AUGGAAGAGGUGAUCCUGGCCCCGGCGGUGGAAGAGAGCAUGGAGGCCAAGAUAUGCGAUGAGCUGGGCCGGGAGCCCUUCGGCUACGUGGGGAUCGACUCGGUGCUGGACCAGAUGAAGCGCAAGGCCAUGAAGCAUGGAUUUGAGUUCAACAUCAUGGUAGUGGGUCAGAGCGGUUUGGGGAAAUCCACAUUGGUGAAUACUCUGUUCAAAUCCAAAGUGAUUCGCAAGACUCCCGGUGCCGGAAUCCCUAAAACACUGGAAUUAAAAGCCAUCAGUCAGGUGAUCGAGGAACGAGGAGUGGAGAUGAGACUCACCGUUAUUGACACGCCAGGAUUUGGGGAUCAGAUCAACAACCAGAAUUGCUGGGACCCGAUUAUCAAAUACAUCCACGAACAGUACGAAAAAUACCUAAGAGAGGAAAUUCUGGUAAACCGGAAGCGUCGUAUUCCUGACUCUCGCAUCCACAGCUGUAUUUACUUCAUCCCCCCCAACGGGCCACUGCUAAGACCGCUGGACCUCGAGUUCAUGAAACGCCUAGGUCGCAUUGUAAACGUUGUACCGGUUAUUGCGAAAGCAGACACACUCACAUUGGAGGAGAGAGAAGAGUUUAAGCAGAGGAUAAGGAAGGACCUGCAGGCUAACGGCAUUAGUGUAUACCCGCAGCCAGAGCUGGAUGAAGACACGGCAGAGGUGCUACUUAAUGACAAAAUUCGGCAGAAAAUCCCGUUCGCUGUGGUAGGUACUGACGAGGAACAUCAGGUCAACGGCAGGAGGGUCCUGGGACGGAAAACCAAGUGGGGCAUCAUCGAAGUUGAGAACACGUCACACUGUGAAUUUGCUGAUCUGAGGGAUUUGUUGAUCAGAUCCAACCUGCAGGACCUGAAAGACAUAACCCACAAUAUACACUACGAGACCUACCGCGUCAGCCGACUGAAUGAAAAGAUGAAUGGCGUCACAGCACAGUUGAAAGAAGUGUCCAGUUUAUGA